AAUUGGGCCAGUUCGGACCCGUGGACUUUGCAAAGAGAUGGGCCUGUGAAGCCAGCCCCAAAUAAGAUAACCCGUCUUCCCCCAUUUUUCUCCUGCAAAACCCUAUUCUUUAUCUCUGUAUUCAUCCACCCACGAGUGGGGGGAGAGAGGAGAAAGAUGGCAAACACAAGCAAAGAUCUUUUACGCUUUGAGCACAGGAACUCCUCCACUUCAGCUAUAGAAUCUGCACUUCUUGUUUGUAGAAAGAAGGGUUCGCUAUCUGAAACCCGUGAACCUGACCCUGAUGAAAAGCUCGUCACUGCUCCUGUUCCUAAAAGCCAAGUUUUGGGUAAAGUGAAAGAUUUCUUGGGAGUUAUUUCAGAAGCCAAUAAAAGGCUGGAGCUUGAUGCAAAGGAUAAUGCUAAGGCGUAUGAUAUUGAAGUACUUACUGGAAAUGAAUCCAAUGUCAUCGAAAUGGAUCUGAUGUUGGGUGUGGCUGAUCUAAACACCCCUGAGGCUGUUGCUGCUGCUGAAUCUGCAAUCGCUGGUAAUCAACCAGUGAUUCCCUUGGCUGCAAGUAGUAGCGAAACAGGAUCUGAUGAUGGCAGUGAUGAUGAUGAUACUGAUUACAACAAGAAAAGUGACGAUGAUGACAAUGGCAAUGACAAAGCAUGCUCUCCCUUGAAGCUAAAGACAGCCGAAGAUGAUUCAUCAAGUAAAUCUACAAAGAAGGAUCGGUCAAAUAAGCGUCCAAGGAUUAUCGAACUCUCAUGAAAACUUUGGUUUCCAUUUAUGUUCACCAAGAAGGCAUGGUGAGAUUACCUGUUAAAUUUUGGGUUGCAACAGGAAAGUGGAAACAGGCACAGCAAGAAAGACUGUAAUGACUCCACGAGUAUGACUGUAGCUCUUGUGAGUGCAAAUGGAAGAGAAAAGUUACAGAUGAGAGUGUGAUAUAAAAUUUUGUAUCGUAGCAGUUAUGGUAUUGUUUUAUUUGCUCCUUUCUUCAUAUUCAGUAUGUCUGGCAUCCUUUCGGUUUCUUCUUAUCCUCUCAGAAAGACCUUCAGGAAACGGGGGAUUUACCUGUUGGCAUGACCUUGUCCU